UGCACGAGUAUUUUUACCAACUUUUUGAAGCAAUUAUUUUCUAACCAUCAUCUACGGGAUCUACCAUGCACCUUAACACAAAACCGGACUCUCCAUGAUUAGGUGAAGAUCGAAGAUGCGACGACAAUGGAGAGCUAUUAUUAUUUGAUGCUUCCUACAGGCAAUAUUGGAAAGAUUACCAUUUUCAAAGCUGACUUCCUCCAAGAAUCGCGGUGCGGUCAUGUGUUUUUGGAGCGGAGAGACUUCUAAGGCAGUAUUUCAAAUGCAUGAUCUGACCAUCCCUGUCUGCGGUGUGCUGUUUACGGUAAAGUUGUAGGAUGAUGAGCAGUGAUUUGGAGCGCGUUUCACUCAAUUCAACGACGGCUAACUCGGGAACCGGGUCGGGUGGCCGCGCGCUGUCAGCAAACGUUCGGAAGCUUCACAAUGCGCUCAACCUGCUGCUCACAGACUUCGAGAGAGAACAGUUCAUCCACUGUCUCAAUGUUUACCACGCUAAGCGCAACGUCUUCGACUUGGUUCAAACUCUCAAAAUAAUCCUCAACACGCCGAACAAACGACAACUCCUCCCCAUGUUGCGGUUGGUCAUUCCGCGCUCAGACCAGCUGUUGUUUGACCAAUAUACUUCCGAGGGCCUGUACCUUAAAACGGACCAUCUACCGCCAAACAGUGGUAACAACCCUGAAAGCUUUGGAGGAGAAAUCCGCCAAGUGACAUUGAGACGCAGCAAGAGCAAUGAGGGUUUAGGGUUCAGCAUCCGGGGAGGCUCCGAGCACAGUGUGGGAAUCUAUGUGUCGCUAGUAGAACCCGGAUCUUUCGCUGAGAAUGAGGGACUGAGGGUCGGGGAUCAGAUAGUGACUGUUAACGACAUGCUGUUUGACAGACUCUCACACAUGGAGGCAGUCAAGGUCCUGAAGGGCUGUAAGAAGCUGGCCAUGUCAGUGUGUUCUGUGGGCCGUAUCCCUGGUGGUUAUAUCACUAACCACAUCUACACCUGGGUGGACCCUCAGGGCCGCAGUGUCUCCCCUCCCUCCGACCUGGAGCAGCAGGAGCAGCACAGCACCCUGGGACGGCAGGACAGCCAGAGACGUGGCCACACACUGGAGAGGCCAGAGAAGACAGUCACCCUAAACCUGAACGAUGGUCUCUCUCUGGGCCUGAUGAUCAGAGGAGGGGCGGAGUACGGCCUGGGCAUAUACAUUACUGGAGUAGACCCAGGAUCAGCCGCAGACCACGGGGGACUCAAGGUGGGCGACCAGUUGCUGGAGGUGAAUGGGCAAAGCUUCGUGGCCAUCUCCCAUGACGAGGCGGUGAGGAUCCUGAAAACGUGCCGCCACCUGCUGGUGAGGGUGAGAGAUGUUGGCCGCCUGCCCCAUGCCCGCACCGUGGUGGACCAGACCAAAUGGAUCAGCAGCCCUAGCCCCCCCAACCCACCGCCCAUAGCAGAGAGCACCGCCAGCCCAGCUACUAAACGGCCAUCUUCAGCGCGGGCUAUACCUGUAUUAGGAAAGUCAGUGUGUCGAGGUGUGGGGCACCCAGGUUCCAAGGUGUCUCUGGAGGAGCAGGCCUUCCUGCUGCUGACAGACCCAGAGAGGCAGACCAUGGGCUACUACCUGCAGGAGUACCAGGAGGGACACAUCAGCCUGGAGCCCCUGGCUAUGGCCCUGUUUGAACUUUUCAACACCCACGCCAAGUUAUCCCUGCUGUCUGAGGUACGUAGCCUGGUGGCUCCCCAGGACCUGGAGCUGUAUGAUGGGCUGGUGCUGCACCGUGAGAGGGAGGCUCUGAAGGCCUGGCAUGGAGAAAAAGGAACGUUGCACCCACACAGCCGCUGUGUACACACAGAGCCCUCAGCCAGCCACAACCACUCCAACCCCACCACGGGAAAGAAAGAAGUGCAGUCUACAGCUGAAUCUCCUCCGUCCUUCAAGCCUUCUCUUCCCCCCGGCCAUACCCAGACCAGAUACCCCAGGGAGAGGGACCCUUCCAAGCGCCCCUCAUCCAGACACUCCCAGUCUGGCCUGAUCUUUACUGCCCCCACCAGGCUACACCAGGAAUGUCACCACAAAUCCCUCAAAGCCUUCAGCUCCUCCAACCACCAAACCUCCACCUCCCCUAGUUCUGACUUCCAUCACACCUGUCCCAACCCUGGCCACCAAAACAGCCCCAACCCUGGCACCAACCACAGUGCCUAUCCAAGCUCUGGUCAUCAGACAUCCAUAAACUCUCUUCACCACACCUGCCAAAACUCCCUCCACAUCUCCACCCCAACCUCUGACCACAACCCCCACCACCACCACCCCCACCAAGGCUGCCCCAGCUCUGGCCACCAUACCUGCCCCGGCUCCCUUCAUCACAACCCCUUGUGGUUCCCCUCUGCUCCUCCAAACAAGGAGACGACCAUCAAGCACCCCAUCUUCAGAUCCUGUUCCAAUGAGAAGCGUGCUACCUCCCCUAAGACUGCCUCCCCUUGUCUCUCACCGUGUCCCUCCCCUGGUCUCUCCCCAUGUCUGUCCCCCUGUCCCUCCCCCUGUCCCACUCUCGCUGUGCUGAGGCCACCCCCCUGUAGCCCAGACAGACCCUGCUCUCCCUGUUCUCCCUCCCUCAGCCAGGGAGGUCAAUGUGUCAUGGCAGAUGUACACAGACUGACUGCUGAGGUCAGGCCCCAGCCCCAGCAGAGAGGCGCCACAUUGUCCCAGCUGUCAGACAGUGGUCAGACUCUGAGUGAGGACAGUGGGGUGGAUAUUGCUGAGGCAGGAGGGCUGAGUAAAGACAGCAGUCCUCGGCCCAGUAAGAACCAGGCCACACAGGAGUCCCGAGGGGCCCAGGGACCUGCAGCACAGGCAUCCAAACAGCAUCCUGUCUCUCCAGUGGCCACCCCUACCCUGGUACAUGUGGUAAAGAAUGCCAAUACUUUGGGUAUCGCUAUAGAGGGAGGGGCAAACACACGCCAGCUGCUGCCACGCAUCGUCACCAUACAGAAGGGGGGCUCGGCACACGGUUGUGGGCAGCUGAAGGUGGGUCAGGUGAUUCUGGAAGUGAAUGGUGUCUCCCUGAGGGGCCGGGAGCACCAGGACGCUGCUUGCAUCAUCGCUGAGGCCUUCAAGUCCAAAGAGAGGGACCACAUUGACUUCCUCGUCACAGAGUUAAACGCAGCCCUCCUGCAGAGCCUUUAGCAGGGUCGUAUUCAUUAGCCACCAGACAGAAGAAAACGGACUGAAAUGCUUGUUCCUGUUUUCCUGCAGGGGCUUUAGCAGGACUUUGCACUUUAAAGAGGUGGAACGGAAGGAGAAGGAGAGAACGGAAGGAGGGAGAGGUCUGAGUGUUAAUAAAGACAAUCUAUCUUAGUCUCUUCUAAGCCAGUUCUCCUUUCCCACUUUGGCUGUAGAUCCCAACCAGGCUUGGCAUGUAGAGUUAUAUUGCCAAAAUUCAUGACAUUCUGCAUUAAGAAGAACUCUCACCAAUAGAACCUAAUAGAACCUAAGAAGAACCCACCAGUAGAACCUGAGAAGAACCCACCAAUAGAACCUAAUAGAACCUAAUAAUAACUCACCAAUAUAACCUAAUAGAACAUAAGAAGAACCCACCAAUAAAACUAAUAGCAUUGAACUGAAAUCUUGGAAAUCACAGCUUAUAACUAAAAUAUCAAUGCUGUGAUGACAUUAAUGAUGUAAUUCCAUGUAGCUGCUUUUGACUGUCCCUGCUCGCUCCUCUCCAAUAGGUCUGCCAUUCGUAGGAGCUCUCCCCUGGAAGUGGUUAUACCAAGCUGGUGCUUUGAAAAUUGAUAUCAUUUCUAUCUAAUCUUAGUCGAACUAUACCUUUAUUCCAUCUCUAAAAUACUUGUUUUGUAUCAUUUCUGUAAUGUUUUAUGAACACCCUAUAUAUUGUAUAUAGUAUAUAUUGUAUAUAGCACUGAAACACCUUUAAGAGGUAGAGGUUUAGAGCUAUUUAUAACACUAGGUCAUCUGUAUG